GCUGCGUCCACGACCGACCCCCCAACGAGAUUUCUCAAGAAAAAAAAAAGCCGAGACCCCAACGAGCUCCACCUCCACCGACCACCGAUCGAACUCGCUCCAGCCAAAUCGAACGGAAGCUUCCUCGUCGUUUCGAUCCCCCUCUCUUUUCCCGACCUAUGGCGGCUGCGGCGGCGCUCCGGUCCACCAUCGGCCUUGCGGUACUCCGGCGCGCGGCGUCGCCAGGCCUCUCCUCCUCUGCCGGCGGCGGCUCCUCCGGUUUGGCGAUCAACCCGCGGCGGCGUACGAUGGCUACCGGCGGGCAAGGCGGCGCCGUGUGGAAGACAUGCAAGGAUGCUGCUUUUGCUACCGUGGCCGGUGGUGUGGCCGGCGGUGUAGCCGGGGUCGGGAUGAUCCUGUUCGCUUCGAGACUAGUAGGGGAGCAUGAUGACUAUGCGGAGCAGGAGAGAAGAACAAGAAAAGACAGUACGUAGGCCGGCCGGAAGAUAUCCGAAAUUAUUGAAUUAUACCAAAACUAACCCUAGCUACAUAGAUAUACUUCUUGUUAUACUAUAUAAAUAAUUGUAGAGAUCGAUGGUGAGAAGAGGAGAUAGUAGAGUUGCAUGGGUGCAUGCACGUAUAUUUUUAGUUUUAGAGGUAAAUACAUUAGUGGUGUCUAUACAUGAUUUGCAUGUUCGCUUUAAUUAGCGUCUGAACUUGUAGAAUACAGAUUUCUG